AUGGCGGCCACCAGCUACCCUUCUAGCAGGUUCCACCAGGUCCACGGGGCCAACGUCCGCCUCGAUCCCUCCCGCACCCAGGCCACCCGAGUGGAGAGCUUUGCCAACGGCCUGUGCUUCAGCCAGGAGCCGCUGGCCCCGGGGGAGAUCUUCCUGGUGGAGAUUGAGGAGAAGGAGCUGGGGUGGUGUGGCCACCUCCGGGUGGGGCUGAUGGCCUGUGAUCCCUGCAGCCUGGAGGCAGUGCCGGAAUACUCACUGCCAGACCUGGUCAACAGGGGAGACAGCUGGGUGUUCGCAAUUACCCGCAAUCACAACCGAAUCACUCCAGACGCCGCUGCGGAGCAAGUGUCGGGCAGAGUGCGUGGCUUCCUCUCUGACCCCUAUUUGCUCAUUGAACAAGUCAGGAUCCCCCGAGACAAACUGGUGGGGCGCAGCAGACCUGGCCGAUACAGCCACAUCCUGGACGACCUGUACAAGACGAAUGUGCUCCCUGCCACAGCCAGGAGGAGCCGGAUUGGGGUGCUCUACACCCUACAGCCCGACGGGACGGCCGACAUGCACAUGGUCAUCAAUGGGGAAGACAUGGGGCCCAGCGCCAGGGGCCUCCCCGCUUCACGCCCCCUCUACGCCGUGGUUGAUGUGUUCGCUUCCACCAAGAGUGUCCGACUCAUCCAGGUGGAAUACGGCUUUCGUUCCCUGCAGACCCUCUGCCGGCUGGCCAUCCAGAAACACAUUGUGCAUCGGCUGGCCAUUGAUGGGCUCGACCUCCCACCUCUACUGAAGAACUUCUGCAAAUAUGAAUGA